AUGUCGAAAGCAGUCUUUCUCGGCAAAGCUGACGGUACGCCCGGCAAAGUCUACUACCCCCUCGCCCUGAAGACACUGCCCCAACCUACCCCACAGGGCUCGGAGCUGCUAGUGAAGUUAUCGGCAGCGGCACUCAAUCAUCGCGAGGUUUUUCUGCGACAACACUUGUAUCCCGGCUUGACAUUUGACGUGCCUCUUGGCGCGGAUGGAGUCGGCACUGUCGUCGGCGCAGGUCCUGGUGUGACGAAUGCUGGGCAAUGGCAAGGGAAGCGUGUCAUUCUGAACCCCGGUAUUGGAUGGAAAGACUCUCUUGACGGACCGGAGGAUCCUGCAGGCUAUAAGAUCAUGGGAGGGACCAAGUUCUAUAACAAAGGAACUUUGCAGGAGUAUAUCACAAUUGAAGAAUCAGAGGUUGAAGAAGCUCCUGAACAUCUCUCAGAUGCGGAAGCAGCUGCUCUACCUCUUGCGGGCUUAACAGCUUGGAGAGCUACAGUAGUCAAAGCUGGGGAGCGGAACACAGGCAAGGGAGCUGCAGUGUUGAUCACAGGCAUUGGCGGGGGUGUUGCGCUGUUUGCACUGCAAUUUGCUGUUGCCCAGGGUGCAGACGUCUAUGUGACCAGCUCCAGCGAGGAGAAGAUCAAAAAGUCCCUCGAGCUAGGAGCCAAAGCAGGAGUGAGCUAUAAGGAAGAUGGAUGGGAGAAGAAGCUUCUAGGCUUGCUUCCCAAGGGCAAAAAGAACUUUGAUGCCGUUAUCGACGGUGCGGGAGGUGACUCCAUUGAGAAGUCGGUCAGGCUGCUCAAGGCCGGUGGUGUGCUCUCCAUAUAUGGAAUGACAGUAUCUCCAGUUAUGCCCUUCCUGAUGCAGGCCGUCCUGAAGAAUAUCGAUGUUCGUGGUUCGACAAUGGGAUCUCGCAAGGAGUUCAAGGAUAUGGUGGAUUUCGUCAAAACACACAAGGUCCGCCCUGUAGUCUCUCGCGUCGUGCAAAGUGACUUGAGCGAUAUCGCGGCGCUCGACGGACUGUUCCAGGACAUGAAGGAAGGGAAGCAAUUUGGGAAGUUGGUUCUCGAAUUCGGGAAGUCUUCGGGGAGUAAGCUCUAG